GCCGGGUCUUCAGCUGUGGAGCAGAAAGGCACUUUCUUUUUCAUAGUCAGGGUUGGAGAUCAAACUGUUCAGAUCCAUCAUGAAUGAAACACAAACAUCUGGAGAUGAAGAGUAUUCUCCAGCCUGCAGCUUAGUUCAUGAGAAGAGAUCAGAAGCAGAGCCCAGCUGUGUGUCUAUGAAGAGUGACUGGUCUAUGAUUGAGCCAAUGAAGUUUAAGAGUGAUUCACAGCCUGGACUCAGUUCAGUUCAUCAGAAGAGAUCAGAAGCAGAGUCCAGCUGUGUGUCUAUUAAGAGAGAGACAUCUUUGAUUCAGUCUUUAGAUUUUAAGAGAGGAGAUACACGGCCUGUGUUCUCAGGUAUAACAUUUCUUCAUGAAGUCCUCAACACAUUUAGAUCAAAUCUGCAGAAGAGGUUUGAGUGUCUGUGUGAGGGAACAGCGACGCAGAGAAACCCAACACUGCUGAAUGAGAUCUACACAGAGCUCUACAUCACAGAGAGUGAGAGAGGAGAGAUCAAUAAUGAGCAUGAGGUGAGACAGAUUGAGACACAAUCCAGGAGAGAAGCAACAGAGGACAGAGCCAUAAAAUGCAGUGACAUCUUCAGACCUUUACCUGGACAAGACAAAGACAUCAGAACUGUGCUGACAAAGGGACUCGCUGGCAUUGGAAAAACAGUCUCUGUGCAGAAGUUCAUCCUCGACUGGGCCGAAGGGAAAGAUAAUCAGGAUGUCCAGCUCUUAUUUCCACUUCCUUUCAGAGAAAUCAACUUGAUGAAGGACAAAACACUCAGACUUUCAGAUCUUCUUCAUGUCUUUUUCCCUGAAACUAAAGAAAUGGAAAUAUCCAGUGAUGAAUAUAAAGUGUUGUUCAUCUUUGAUGGUCUGGACGAGUGUCGUCUGUCUCUGGACUUUAAGAGCGAAGUGAAACUGUAUAAUAUAGCUGAGUCAGCCUCAGUGGAUGUGCUGCUGAUGAACCUGAUUGUGGGGAAUCUUCUUCCCUCUGCUCUCAUCUGGAUCACCUCCAGACCAGCAGCAGCUGAUCUCGUCCCCUCUGAGUACGUCCAUCGAGUGACAGAGGUACGAGGCUUCAAUGAGUCACAGAAGGAGAAAUACUUCAGGAAGAGGAUCAGUGAUCAGAGUCUGGCCGACAAGAUCAUCUCACACCUGAAGUCCUCCAGGAGUCUCUUCAUCAUGUGUCACAUCCCAGUCUUCGGCUGGAUCUCAACCGCUGUUCUUGAGAAGAUCUUGAGUCGAGCAGAGACUGGAGAGAUUCCCAAGACUCUCACUCAAAUGUACACACACUUCCUGAUCCUUCAGACCAACAUCAAACGUGAGAAGGAGUAUGAGGAGAAGGUGACAGAUGAAGACAUGAUCCUCAAACUGGGGAAACUGGCUUUCCAGCAGCUAGUGAAAGGAAACCUGAUCUUCUAUGAUGAAGACCUGAGAGAGUGUGGCAUUGAUGUGACAGAAGCAUCAGUUUAUUCAGGACUGUGCACUCAGAUCUUCAGAGAGGAGCUGGGCUUGUUACAGAGGAAAGUGUUCUGCUUCGUUCAUCUGAGCCUGCAGGAACAUCUAGCAGCUCUAUAUGUGCACCACUCUUUUACAGUCAACAAAAUCAAUGCAUUUGAUGAAAUCAAACAAAGUCUGUUGUCUAAGAUUUUGAACCAGAUGAAGUAUAAUUCAUUAUUGGAGCUGCAUCAGAGUGCUUUAGAAAUUGCCUUAAAGAGUAAGAAUGGACAUCUGGACCUUUUCCUGCGGUUCCUUCUGGGUCUCUCAGUGGAGUCCAAUCAGACUCUCUUAAGAAAACUACUGACACAGACAGGAAGCUGCUUCUACAACAAAGAGAAAACAGUUCAGUUCAUUAAACAGAAGAUCAGGGAGAAUCACUCUUCAGAGAAAUCCAUCAAUCUGUUUCACUGUCUGAAUGAACUGGGUGAUGAUUCACUGAUGCAGGAGAUCCAGGGUUAUCUGAAAUCUGGAAAAAUAAGAGAAAUCAAACUCUCCUCUUCACAGUGGUCAGCUCUGGUUUAUGUGUUGCUGACAUCAGAGCAGAAGAUGGAUAUUUUUGAUCUAAAACAGUUUAUUGGAGAACAACACACAGGAGAUGAAGUUCUUCAGUAUCUGUUACCUGUGGUUAAAGAAUGCAGAUCAGUUCGGCUAUGUAACUACAAACUCACUGCUCAAUCUUGUGGAAGUUUGUCUUCAGUUUUACAAUUCUCAAACUCAAACAGCCUGAGAGAGCUGGACCUGAGUAACAAUGACCUGCAGGAUUCAGGAGUGAAGCUGCUCUCUGAAGGACUGAAGAGU